UGUUUUUUUUUUUUUUGUAGGUGAUACCAAUGGCAGUAUGUGUUUUUAUUUAUUUGGUCUCCCAGCUGUUUUUCUUGAUUUUGGUGGCCACACUAUUCUUUCCAUGCUCUCAGCUAUUGCAUGUGAGCAUGGUAUCUCAUCUAGUUGGAACCUUCUGCAGCUGCAUGUUCUUUCCAGUAAUGAUCUUGCAGCUAGGAUUGCCGAAUUUAUUGAUUCUGCUAUGUUUGAAGUCAUCAUUGUGUACCUUCUUGUAGGGCAGUGGCUCCUGGUCCAAACCUCAUGUCCAAUUUUCUCAAGGUAUGGUCUUAUUCGUUUGUCGAUUCUAUCUAUCUCUCGAAUGAGGUGAGCUUGUACGUCUUUGCUGCCUUUACAAAGUUUAUGGUCAGAUCGUCUCCAUGCACUCCAAAGUUUGUUUUGAUGUUGUUUAGCAGGUGGAAGAUGCAUGCUCCGUGGAAGUGGUUUGGGUAGACAUUGAUCACCGCCUUCUCUAUACUCUUAUGCCUGUCUGAUAUUAUUGUCAAACCUAUUCACAGAAACCAGUUUUUACAAGAUCAGUAGGUUGAUCGGUGCUCUGAGCUUAAGAAUUCGUUUUCUGCUUUAAGGUGAGAGCUUCAUUGCUUGUCAGGUGCCGAUGUUGCAGGUUGCUUCUGUGUGUAUGGCCAUGGCUGAUUUUUAUAUUUUCUGAGUUUUUCAAAUCAGUUUUGUUUGAAUCAGAGGAGUAAUUUGCACAGGGAGAAGAAAGAAAUUGAAUCGGAGAAGAUGGAGAAGUGAAUCGCAGGCCAGUCGAAUCGCAGUAGAGAGAGAGAGAGAGAGAGAGAGAGAGAGAGAGAGAGAGAGAGAGAGAGAGAGAGAGAGAGAGAGAGAGAGAGAGAGAGAGAGAGAGAGAGAAUCAGUGUACAGAGAGAAUUUUGUUUAUAUAUGGUUAAAAAUAGUAAAUUUCAUUCAUUUAAAAUUAGUUUCUGUUUUUAACUUAUUUUAUGGUUUUUUUUAAAAAAAAAAAAACCAUAACCAUAUUUGUAGUUUGCUUGCUUAGUUAAUGCCAUAUUUUGUGGCAUUUAGUUUUGUUGCCAUAUUUAUCAUAAGAUGGCUCAUUUUUCCCAUAUUUUUGAAAAUAUCCCUUACCUAAAUAACUAAAAUCAAAAUUAAAUAUAGAAACCAGUUAUUUAAAAAUACGCUAAUAAAAAAUACAGAAGCUCAAAAUGAUUACACAAAACAAAAAUAAC